CAUCCACAGCUGUGUUUGCAAGAUCUUAGUCUAAUAUUUUCCUUCUGCAGGAGACUUUUCCUCUUGUAUUCCACUUGAUGUUUUGACCAUGAACUCAAGCUUCACGUUUGCCUUGUUUCUGCUGCUGGCUUUUCACACAUGUACAGCCGUGGGAGGCAGAGCCCAGCGCAAACAAAGACAAGCUGAGGAGAGCCUGAGACCAUACAUUGGCAGAGUAGAACCAGAAAAGCUUUGUGAGCUGCUGAAAUGUCACAGUCCAGUGGGAUCUUGGUGCCAGGUAGUUGAGGAAAAUGGAGUCCUUGUCCCCAAGUGUGUUUGUCCUCAGUCGUGUCCAAGGCAGAGGGCACCAGUGUGCAGCGUUCUGGGAAGGACCUAUGGGAAUGAGUGUUUGCUCCAUAAAGAAGCUUGCAGAAAGGGACGCCGCAUUGGGCUGGCUCACACAGGACCCUGUCUGGUCCCCGAGGCUAAAUGCACUGAGGAGGAAUUAAGCCAGUUUCCAUAUCGUCUCCUGGACUGGUUUCUGCUGCUAAGUCGUAUGGGAGAGUCCCACGCACCUGUGGCCCCGCCCCAGAGCUGCCUCAGCCACGCCCAGAGGACACAACUUGCCCAGCAAAGAUUUACCACACUGGACAGGAACAAAGAUGGCAAGCUGAGCCACAGAGACCUGAGGAAGCUGCGUUACAAGAGGAUGCCACUGGAGCAUUGUGCCACUCCAUUCUUUCAGUCAGUCCCACCUCCAGGAACUAAUGCCACAGGCAAUUAAUUCAGUACUGGCUUGCUUGUUCUUGAACGUCAGACAUACAUAUCAUCAUAA